AUGAUGUUAAAUAUGAUAUAAAUGUCAAAUUGUACAAAACUUCAGUUAAUAAUAGAUAGCAAGAUUUGAUUAACACUAUUUGAACUAUGUAUAAAUAUGGGAAAAUACUGAAAAUGUGAUUGUUUGGGUUGCGAUAACUUACAUAUUUUCGGAUAAGAUUUUCAUCCGAACUGUCAAGAGAAUAUUGAAAAGAUCAUCUGAAAUUUUACAGCAUCAUUGCCAUUUAUCACAGAUACUUCAACAAUGUCACGAGCUGGAGGUACCAGAGGGAGCAAGAAGGCUCAGACUCCAGGCACAUCAGGAACACGACAGAGUCGGGCAGGUUCUAUAAGGUCAGACAUGACUCCUAUAUCUGAAGGAGACGAUGCAGAAACUCUGGGAACUGAGCUGUCAGCUGUAAUGCCCAGGAACAGAUAUCAAGCACCUCCUGGUUUCUUUAGCCAAUCUUUGACAAGGUUUGAGCAGUACCUGGAAGAUACACAGGUUCAGGUGAUCUUCAGGAAACUUCUUCAAAUCUUGCUGAACCGCCCUGAGCUGCCGUAUAACCCAUAUCCCGGAUUCUAUGGGAGGUUAAGGGUUCAUCAAGAAAGAUUUCAUCUAGAAAAACAUCCAAGACAGAGAAUUAUGGCAAAUUUGAAGAAUGUUUUAAAGGACAGUUAUAUCCAGAAUCUGUACACACUACACAGUCAUCAGAAUAUAUGGGGUUUAAGCAGUAUCUUACGUGUCAUAAAUCCCGACGGAUUGGAGAAAUAUCGAUGGUUAAUCAGUAAUAUAACACCAAGACUUGACCAGUUACCAACUGUGGAAGGAUACUCAAACCAAGUUAUGGUAGCUCUGAUUGGACCAUGUAUAUUUGAUGGUUCAUUUUAUCCAAGUGUUCACAGUGUUCAGAUGAGAUUAGAAUACCUGGUUGCCGGCUCCGAUGUUGAACAGGGUAUAUCUAUAUAUGUGAACAGUUUAAUGAAGGAAAUAGACGACAUGUUCAACAGUGAGCAUCACUUCCUGUUGGGCGUAAACAUUCCGUCAGUGAGCCUUGUAAAUCCUGACUCAUGGGUCAAACAUUAUUGGGGCCCGGAUAAAAUACAGUCAGAAAAGGAGACCUUUCUACAAAAGAUAAGUGAUGCAGUUAUUGGGAACAGAUAUAUCUAUGUUGAGUGUAUUUUCCUUCUAAAUCCGAACUACCCGUCCUACAUCAAGGGAGAGAAGCAGUAUGGGUUUAACUUUGUAGAAGUUUCGGAUGAGAUGAGGGAAGAGGGAGGUAAAAUCUACAGAAGGAGAAGAAAGAAAAAGUUGUCAAGUUUCUGUGAGUAUCCAAUGGCAUCUCUUCAUGAUGGUGUGUUCUUUGAGAGGUCACAAGCCGAAGCUUAUAUUUCAAUUUUCCAGACACAGUUAGAUGAUUUUGAAACAGCAGACGCCUAUGAGGCCGGUGAAGGUGCCCCACCAAGGAGUCCAGGGCUUGCAUCACUAGGUCAGGGAUCCCAGGCACCUAUGACCACACGUCAGUCUCGUGCAGCCACUGCACAGAGUAUGAACCGACGGUUCUCUGUAUCACAACAAAGGGAUGCACAUCAGGUGCAGCAGCACGUGCACAAUCGUCUCGAGCAUGUUAAACCUCGGAAAGUGAAAAUUGAUGGAUUCAGAUUCGGGGAUGAGAAAUCUACAGGGCCAUUUGCUUGGCAGAUUACAACACCUGUCAAAUCCAAUUAUCAGAAGAAGAUAGCCAAUUAUUGGAGAGAUGUGGAACUAUUUGAAAUUCUCUAUUGUAUCAUUAUACUGGUUUUAAUGGACAGGGAGGCGUAUGAUGAUGAGAUUCUUGUAGAGGCAUAUAGACUACACCAUAGUACUUCAGGACAGUUAUACCAGCUAUUAGAGUACAAUAAAUCACUUAGAGCUGUCAUACAAGCUGUUGCCAAUACUCAAGACUAUCCUGUGAUCCGAACACUUCUACAACAAUAUAAUGAUGCUGUGAAAAAACUGUUCCUUAACCCAUUAUUAGAGAGAAGUCAGGAUCAUGUGACAAUAGGAAUGUCUGUGUCUGCCAAGGUUGAUGAUAUGAUAUAUUCCCCAGACAUGGAGUUUGCUUCAGCUACUCAUCUACAAUUUUCCCUGCGAGGUCUGAAGAAUAUAAACUUGUACUUGAUACCAUUAAUGAUGGAACUAGCAGAGGAUAGCCGUUCACAGUGUCCCGAAGUUAAUAGAUUAAUUAAAACAAUGGAAGAUGCAUUCCCCGAAGAGGACCCGAGACCUCCGACCCGCUACAAGAAAAGAAUUACCACAUCAUUUCAGGCAGGUGAAGAGGACGUAGCAGAUGAGAUUAUUAGACAUGGAAUAGAGGAUGAACAUAUUAAAAGACAUGAAACCUCAGUUUUGAAUGUGAAGACAUGUAUAGCUAAAGAUAUGUCGCCACAGGUCAUGGUCAAAGAAAAUGUUCUCAUGAAGUAUAUGUUAGAUUGUAAAUUUGACGAGAUGUGGAGUGAUUACCUCAUUGACCUUGCUGGUGGUGACCUUUUCCCGCCAAAUCCAUUUCCCAGACUUAUCUCUUCUCUUAGACAAUCUACAAUGAAGAUGGACUUGUUUUAUGAGAAGGCAUCAGUGCUGACAGAAAAGUUGUUUAACCUUGAAGUGAAGCCUGAAGAUAAUGAGAACUUUGUCUAUCAUAUCCCAGGAAUAGAUGCUCAUGGAUGUGUUACAGCUUUGAUGAUGUUAGACACAGGAACUUAUGUUACACUCUCUGAAAUAUUCAAAAGUUUCCAACAGCGGUCAUAUAUACAGAAAAAAGGGCCAUAUCGUAUAGGUAUCUGCCUGGCAUUGAGUGGCCCAAGUAUCUGGUAUGGACGGAUGCAGCCAUAUUUAAAUGAGAUAGAACUUCAUGAGCACUACUAUAUACAAGGACCCUCAGGUUGUCAAGGGGAGGCAAUGCAGUUGUGUGCUGUUGUCGUACAUAAUCAUAUGGUGGAUAUGAUCACAAAGUCCGGAUUGCCGGUUAUGGGUGUUUAUUUUGGUGAUAUAACUCCAGAUCAUUGGACUAGUGAUGAUGUAAUGGGCAAAAAGAGAGGAUUUCUUACGGAGUUUGCACAUACAUGUGCCCAGAAACAGUCAAUAUAUGCCAAGGCAUAUGUCUUGAUUGAUGGCUGGAGAUAUGUGACUCUCAAAAAAUAUUUCAAACUUCAUUUCUUGGAAUCAGCAUCAAGAUCAGAGGCAUUUUUUCCCGAAAAUCCUGCUUCAUUCUAUCAGUCUGUGUUCUUAACUAAGGAUAGGGCAGCAUUUCAUUACCAGAACAGUGGUCCGCCACAUGGAGGUGACCCUAUGAGUAUUGCUAAUGUUCGGGCAGUCACAAACUUUAUCGAGAAAAACAUGUAUGAAUCUCAGAGGAAAUCUGAUUGGUUAAAUUACUAUCGACAUUUACUAUUGCGGGAUCUCAUUUCACAGGAUCAGAGUCAUAUAGCAGAUUGUUGGAGAGUUUUACAUUGUAUGGCUGGACAAAUAGAAUAUGUUGUUGGAAUGAUGGAAGUUUUACAAGAUUUAGUACUGACCUGUCUACAGACUGGAGUAGAUGACAAGAAACAGACAAGUAGGCAAGGAAGCAGGGGCAGCUCACAGGGUAAAGGUCGUAAGAAUGUUGUAGAACAGUCAGCUCUUACUAAGAUGGUGAUGGCGUUCUAUCAGAAACUGAUGUAUGUAUGUGAGGCAAGGCUAACUAUGGCUGCAAGGUCACUAACAGAUUAUAUAGAGAGUAAACUAAAGUCUGCCCUCGAGUUUGACCCAGAUUCUGGACAACCAUAUCUUGCUAUUGAAGAUCAGUCAAUAUUUCGACUGGAGGAGAUGAAGAGUAUAAUGAGGAUAUUUCAGGACACGUUGAGUGGGGAUGUCAGGAGUGUAUGCCAGAACGUAGAGAUUAAAUAUCAACCAAAGAGGCUUCAAACACCACAGAUGAAAGUGGGAGAGUCAUUCAAGAAGAAAACCCCUCGUACACCUGGGACUAGGGGAUCUAUAGGUCAAUCCAGAGGAAGUAUGGACCAGCCACUAGAUCCAUAUCUGACACAACCUGAUGUCUACCAUCAGACAUCCAGACCCCCAAGUGUAGCCUCUAGUAUCCUUGACAACCCAGACUAUUACAGGACCAAACCUGCCAACAUGAUGACAAUCAGGGAAAAUGUGUAAAUUGUUCCUCGUUUAUGUACAUCAGUUUUGAUUGUUAUGCUGUAUGAGAUGGUGAUUUUAUAGUCACAGCAACUGAAACUUUCAUGUGAAACCAUGAUGGUUAGUUAUCAAACAUGU